AUGAAACUAAUCCACCCCCGUAUUGCGCUGCAAAUAGCCCUUGUGAAUAGAGACGGGAUCACCGAUGUCUUGCUCGCUUACAGGUUCUCACAGCAGGCUUGCUGUCUGAAUCUCAUCUGGGCCCUGGCCUGUCAGCUUCAAGCUCCUCAGGGAUAG